AAAAAAAAAAAAACAAUGGCUAAUACCUCUAGUUUUCUCCUUGGCGUUUCAUUAGUCCUCACAACACUGCUCAUCGCCACCUCGUUGACCGUCUACUCGAGCGGCUUGGUUGAGACAGAGGGCAGCGGCUUUCACGACUGGAUGGCCGAGUGCAUGGCGAUGGGUGAGUUGGAGAUGGAGUCCGAGAUUAGCCGGCGCGUAUUGGAAAGCAACACUCGGUACAUAAGCUACGGGGCUCUGCAAGGGGACACCGUGCCCUGCUCUCGAAGGGGUGCGUCCUACUAUAACUGUCCGCCAGGGGCUGACGCUAACCCUUACGACCGAGGCUGCAGUACCAUCAAUCGUUGCCGUCAUUAGUAAUUGUAACAUAGAAAAUACAGUAAUAAAGUGGGAUUAUUAUGAGAUUAA